UUUUCCUAUGUGCAACGUCCCGAGUACCUUAUCUAGUAUAAUAUAGAUAUCUGUGCAGCACGUGCGUUCGGAACGUUUAUCGAUAUCGUUAUCAAAACGAUUCGUGAUAAUCGAACGGCCUACGGACCGCUGCCCGUCAACGGAUUUUGGUCAGGUGCUCGACGUAAGUGCUCUCGCGUGUCGCGUCUUGCCGUGUUCGCUCCGGUCGGUUCGCGAUAGUAUGUCGCCGAACUCGGUCGUUCCGUCGCCGUCGGCCCGUUGAACGGUCACCGACGAAAACGUUGUCCGCGCGCGCGCCUGUGUUCGCACCGACAUGACGUCCGUAAAACGCUUGCAGCUGACGUUAGCCAUCAUGAAACCCCACGUGGUGUCGUGCCCGUUCUCCCUGCUCGAUAUCAGGAGAACAAUACUUGACAAUGGUUUCUAUGUUGUAAGAUCAGUGCGUCAGACUAUUCAAUUAGAACAGGCGGAACGAUUUUACAGUGAGCAUAAAACAAAGUUUUUUUACAACAGACUCAUCACGUUCAUGACAAGUGGGCCAUCUGAAGCUUAUAUUUUGGCCAGAGAAGAUGCGAUUGCAGUUUGGCGUCGUUUGAUGGGACCAACUAAAGUUUUCCAAUCCCAACUAAGUCAUCCUGAUUGUAUAAGAGCGAGACAUGGCCUCACCGAUACCAGAAAUGCUACUCAUGGAUCUGAUUCAGAUGAAUCAGUGCGUAAAGAAGUUAAUAUAAUGAUCCCACAGUUUAGUUUCGAACACUGGAACCAAAUCGAAGAACCAUUGUUUCGAAAUGGAAAAGUGCAGUUCAACAAAGAUCAAUUUAUUCAUGUCUUACACUCAUGAAAGUGUUUUAACACUAAAUUAAUAAUAUAAUAUAUAUAUAUAGUUAGUUUGACUGUUUAC